AUGAUUAAUACUUUAAAAUUAGGAUAAUAUAAUAUUCCUUAAUAAUUUAUAUUAUGGUAAAAAAGUUAUACAUGUGCUAUAAUACCUUGUGUAUAAUUAAUGCCAGGUCAUAUAUUAUUAUUACCGAAAAGAUAUGUAUCAAAUUUUUGUGAAUUAGAGGCUGGAGAAAAUCAUUAACCAGAAAAUCCGGAUUCUAUAGAUUAAAUUUAUGUGCAUAUAAUACCAAGAAGAAAAGGAGAUUAUUAAAAAAAUGAUGAUAUAUAUUUUGUACUGGAAAAUUAUGAUAAAGAAUUUGCCAAAUAAUAUUAAAAUACAAUAUCUUCUACUAAUUCGUUUAGUAAUGCUGCUAUAGAAAUAUAGGGAUAAGAAACUAAGAAAUAUAAAACUUUUUUAGAUUAAUUUUGGUAGGAAGAAUAUAAUUAAUAAUGA